CUAGCUGCCUGCUGCCUCCGCAGCGUCCCUCUAGCUCUCUCUGUGCUAACUGCCUGCGCCUUAGACAGACGGGGUGCGCAAAGCAGAAGGAUUAGUUGGGACCUGCCUUGGUGACCCCAUGGCAUCCCCCAGAACCGUAACUGUUGUGGCCCUCUCAGUGGCCCUGGGACUCUUCUUUGUUUUCAUGGGAACUAUCAAGUUGACCCCCAGGCUCAGCAAGGAUGCCUACACUGAGAUGAAACGUGCUUACAAGAGCUAUGUCCGAGCCCUCCCUCUGCUGAAGAAAAUGGGGAUCAAUUCCAUCCUCCUCCGCAAAAGCAUUGGUGCUCUUGAGGUGGCCUGUGGCAUUGUCAUGACCCUUGUGCCUGGGCGUCCCAAAGAUGUGGCCAACUUCUUCCUACUCUUGCUGGUGUUGGCUGUGCUCUUCUUCCAUCAGCUAGUCGGUGAUCCUCUCAAACGCUACGCCCAUGCUCUGGUGUUUGGAAUCCUGCUCACCUGCCGCCUGCUGAUUGCCCGCAAGCCUGAAGACCGGUCUUCUGAGAAGAAGCCCUUGCCACUGCCGGGGCAAGCGGGGAAUGCCGGGAAUGCGGAGGAGCAGCCCUCCUUAUAUGAGAAGGCCCCUCAGGGCAAAAUGAAGUUGUCAUAGGAAAGCAGAAGUGCAAAAAGUGGACCUUCCAGGCAGUUGCCUCCAUGACACCCAGGAAGAUGUCAGUGUGUGUUUUUCAUUUGAUUUAUUUAUCUUGAGGGAAAGGGAAAAAUAUGAUCUGCAAGUUAAUGGUCUUACUGGCUUGUGUACACCUAUACCCUAAAAUGACCUCCCCACAUAGACAUAUGUGCACCACCUUUAAUCACUUUGGGGCAACUCACAUCUUGCUGCAUGUACAUGUAUAUGGCUAACUGUUGAAGUGUAUUUGUGAGAUGGACUCCAGCAAGCAUGUGACUAUAAAAUUAUGUGUGGGAAAAUGUAUUUACUGUCUGUGCGUGUGUGUGUGUGUGUGUGUGUGCACAUACACGCGUGCACACUUGUGCACGCAGGUGUGAGGAUAAGGCUCUGAUCUUGAACUAAUCCUGCACAGGUAUCCUUCCCUUUACAAACUGAUUCUAGUGAGGGCAGAAUAAAAUAAACCUCUUCUAAAGAGAAUCCUGCUUACUUCUGGUAUAAAUCAAGUGAUGUAUUCCUGUGGGAUGAGGGAAAUUCAGCUGAAAACUUUAAUUUACCACUUUAGGAGACAGUUGCUUCAAUUCGAGACACUGAGUUAUACUGGUUAGCCUCCACUGUAACAGUUGUUGAAAUUUUAAAUACUCCAUAUUGAGUUUAAUUAAAAUAAGGGAUAUAUGCAGUCAAUACAUAAUCUAAUUCAAGUGAUAAAAUUGGAAGUUUCACCUUACCUUUGCCCCAACUCAACCUACUAAGCAUCUUUGCUCACAGUUUGAAAUCGAAGCAGUAAAC